UAGCCAAAAUAAUCCUGGGAGAGAAGAAAAAAGCUGCAGGACUCACAUUUGCCUCUUUCAAAGCUUAGCAUAAAGCUACAGUUAUCAAAACUAUGUGGUACUGGCAUAGAUCAGUGGAGUAGAAUGAAGAGUCCAGAAGUAAACCCAUAAAGCUAUUCGUAGGUAUAAACCCCAAAGAAUUGAAAACAGGUGUUCAAAGAGAACCCUGUCCAGGAAUGCUCGCCACAGCCUAUUCACAACAGGCAUAAGGUGGCGGUCACCCAAAUGUCCACCAGCUAAGGAGAGGAUACACAACCUGUGUGGUCAUGCCAUGUGGUGGAAUACUAUUCGGCCAUGAAAAGGAAUGAAGUGCUGAUUGUGCUACCAGGUGGAUGAACCACGAUGAAAAUGUUACCCUAGGUGAGAGCAGCCAGACACAAAAGGCCACCUCUGUAUUGUAUGAUUCCGUCUCCGGGAAGUCUCCAGCACAGGCCAACUUCUGUGGACAGGAAGCAGAUUAGUGGUCGCCUGGGGACUAUGGGGGUGGGAGUGGGGUGGGGGAAACUGCAGGCGGCGGCAGUGGGGAUGACUGCCUGGCGGGUACAGGGGCUUCUUUUGGGGGUGGUUUCAACGUUUUGGAAUUAGAUGGCUGUGACGGUGGCCCAACACCGCAAGUGUAUACUUGGUACCACUGGAUCGUCCGCCAUUUGCUCUUAUCCUAGAGUUCCCGUCCCAUGGACAGUGGGAGUUCCCUCAAAGAGAGGGUCCAGCGAGCAGGUGAGCAAGCAUCCUGCCAGCACCACUUCUUUGCAGGCCCAGGCCCUUUGCAGGGGCGGGGGCGGGGGCUGGGGGCCAAUGGGAAAGCAGUGACGUCACGGGAUCUACGUGUCACGGGGCGUGCGCCCUGACCAAUGAGGGGCCAGCCCGUGGUCGCUAGGCUGCGGAGUAGAGGCCUGGAUACCCGCUGUCUGCAGACGUUGGGAUCAACUGCCACAUCUCAUCCCCCCGCACCUCAUCUCGCCGAACCACAUCCCACUGCAUCUCACCGCACCGCCUCGCCCAGCAUCCCGCCGCACCGCAGAGCUAGGCCAGUGGGAGAAACCGCACCCUACGCCCAGCAUGCCGAAGGAAAACAGCCGUCGAGGGUCAUCCCGUGGUCACCAGAGGCGGAACCGCUCCUGCUCCCGCACCACCAGAGCCGAGCUGUCGUUCUCCGUGAGCCACACGGAGCGCCUCCUGCGAGAGGGCCGCUAUGCCCAGCGCCUGAGCUCCACCGCACCGGUCUUCAUGGCGGCCAUCAUCCAGUACCUGGCGGCCAAGGUCCUGGAGCUGGCGGGCAACGAGGCCCACAACAGCGGCAGGAGGCUCAUCACUCCAGAGUUCGUGGACUUGGCGGUCCACAACAGUGCACUCCUCGGUGGCUUCUUUGGGACCACAACCAUUUCCCAAGUGGUCCCGGCCCGGCAGUAGCUGCCCAACAUGACCUGCGGCUCCGGGCCUCGGCCGUCGGGCGCCAGGCCCGCUCACAGCCG